AUGGCUCUCACGCUCAGCUGCAGGGCGCCUUUUCCCAGUCCUCGGCUCGUCGUUGCGUCAUCGCAGGCGGCGACACCUGCCAACAGUACAGCUAAAUGGGAUAAUGUGCUAAUGGAGACGCAGGGCCGGACAUGCUUGGAGGCCGCCAAGGACAAUGAGACAGUUCGCGCGAUCCAAGAUAUAUGGCGUUGCCAUCUUACUGGGUUCACUGCUACAGACGCCGCAUCCACCCUCUCCAUCUCAGAAACUGUUGGCUCGAAUACUGGUGCUGCAUUCCUAGCGAAGACGGAAACUAGCGCGUUCCUGAUGUUUGCACCAGUCUACCUACAGAAUGCCCAUACGUUCUUCUCCGAACGACCCCCUGCGCGAUGCGCUCGUCAAGCCGCUGUCUCCGCCAUAUAUCUGACUGUCUAUGUCUUGUACCUCGAUGCAGUCGUCCAACUGUAUCAUUCAACAAGAGGCUGUACGGUGGAUGGGCAUACGGGCUAUCAAACUCGCCGUGCUCCGGAUGCGGACGUGGUCGAGCGCGAUCGCAAAGGUCCAUGGUAUCGGAAGACUUCCAGUGGGUUUCCGCCAUCAGGACGAUGGAGCUAUCGAACUAUGCUUUUGCUGACGAACUCCUCAGAGCAUCCGGUCCCUUGUGCAACAAUCGCAGCAUGUGGGACCGGUCUCAUCGCGAUGCGCUAUAUCGAGCCCGCGAGUCUGCAAUGGGAGUGUCAUGAGACGUGUAAGGGAGCUCCGUGA